AUGGAGCGAGCCUUUCAGAGCCGGGCUAAGCAGCUACAUAUGAUUGUUUUUGGCCUGGGCUCACUUACAGCCAAGCAUUCUGCUAAGAUCGCCUGUCUGCAACUUGCAUUGUUCGAAUGUAUAGCAGGCUAUAUUGACGAUGACGAGUCCUCUAUCCCAAAGUAUGCCAUUGACCCUCUUUUUACUGAGCGUGAUCGUACUAUAUUAUCUACGCUGGGUUAUUCUAUUCUUCCAGCACAAGAUAGUUGCGUACUUUCAUCAUUCCUGAACUUGCAAGAAUCGGAUAGGGUGCUUUGUUAUCUUCCGCACCUUCCUCUUCACUUGGUUCUUUCGGCCCUUCUUUCGGCCCCUUCUGGCAGUACGUUUUUGUGCCCGUCGGUGAAAAAGGUCUUAGAAUUAGAAUUUCUGACCGAUUCCAGCUCUCAGUUAUAUCAUCUAUCCUCAAAACUCAAGAAGUUAUGGGAUGAAUCCGACGAAUACGAUUGGCUCAAAAAUAAUACAAUCACCAUUCAACCUAUUGUAGAAACGACUCUUCUCAGGAGUGCCAAUGUGGCUUACAAUUGCACGUCUGUGUAUAUACGGCCUUAG